ACUCAAAUAAACUCGUCUGACCACUGAGCGGCAAAAAUUCACUCUAAUGCCCCAAAAAUGCCUUUAGAAAACCUGAGAUGGGAAACUUUAGAAGCUUUGAAAAACUCUCCGAAAGGGAAUCUCAAAUACAGCCCUGAAUGGCUGGAGAACGGAGAGGAUAUUCUCUCAGGCUGUAUUGAUGUGUCCAGUCUGUCUCCUCGGUCGGGUCAGAUCUUAAAGAGACUGAGCCCUCGACAGGUGCUGAACAGCUGCUCUCUGGGUUCCUCAGUCCGUGACACGAGUUCCAGUGUUUCUGAUGACGCGUCAGUCUGCCGUUCAGUUCCCGUCAGUCCGGAUCGGGUCUCACCCAGCACUUCUGCACCUCCGGUCUCCAUCCAGACUGAAGGGGAGGAGGAGGAGGAGAAGGAAGCAGAGGAUAUACAGGAAGCUCCAGAUGCCAGUCCUGAUAGGACUGUCAGCCCCCCCCCAGGGAUCUCCGUCCUGUCGCCCCGAGCAACGCAGAUGGCCGGUUGCAUCCGCAUGUGUGAACAAAAACACAGGGCUAAAGCAAAGGUGGAGCUGAGCUUGAGACAGGAGCAGCAGGAGCGUGUGGUGGCAAUGGUGGCCAGUCGCGAGUCAGAGCAGCUCAAACGCUUCGAGGAGUUAAUGGAGCUUAAACAGAGACAAGAAUACCAGAGUAUGAGAGACAUGAUGGAGAAAGAGACACAGGAGAGUCUCGGCCGUCAAGAGAAACUGCGAGAGGAACACAGGCACCGAAUGAAGAUCUUGAACUUGCGCCUGAGGGAGGCGGAGCAACAGCGCCUGCGGGAGGCGGAGCUUGAACGGCAGAAGCAGAUGGAGGGCAGAGAGAGACUCAGAACGCUUAAUGCCAUUCAGGAGGAAGUGCUACAACUCAACCAGCUCUUGCACCCAGCCACGCCCACACAGCCAGGCCCCGCCCCUGACCACACCCCCUACAUCACCCGUGGUAACCAGCUGUGCUCACAGGUGUCAGAAGUGGUGCGGACCACAACAGAGGGUCAGUUUCCUAGUGGGGAGGACAUGGCUGUGGCAGAGCGGGCAGUACAGGAAAUGAGGUCACUGGUCAGAGCUCUGCAGGAAGAGAUGGCACAGGCUGCAGAGAGAAAGAAGAAGGAACAAGAGGAAGAGAGGAAACGACAGGUUGAGCUGAAAGCCCAACAAGAAGACCAGAAGAGAUUUGCAGAGCAGUCCACUAAAGAGAAGGCGAGGAAAGAGGGUCUGCAGAUGAGAGCAGACAACAGCACUUUAAAGUGUUACAACGAACUUCAGGAAGUGGCCAGACAGUGUGCUUUGUCUUUUGAAGAUCUCAGCGCUAAAGACACGCAGACGAAGAAAUUAAAAAUGGAGCUCCAAAAGGCUGCAACCAUUCCUGUGAGCCAGAUAGCAAGCACUUCAGGUUCUCCGCUGAGGGAGAUCUUUGAUAAGAUUGAUAAGCUGUUGUCAGGGCAACCGGUAACGUCCAGUGGAAAGUCAGUUUCCACAUCGCAGCAUCCACACGGGCUAGAGUUUGUUAGCUAUAAACUGGCAGAAAAGUUUGUGAAACAAGGAGAAGAGGAGGUGGCAUCUCAUCAUGAGGCAGCUUUCCCUAUUGGGGUCGUGGCGUCAGGCAUGUGGGAACUCCAUCCUAAAGUUGGAGAUCUUAUACUGGCUCACCUCCAUAGAAUGUGCCCAUAUGCUGUGCCACACUACCCACCUAUGAAAGAUGGCAUGUCAGUGGAGGAGUUCCAGAGGAUUCUGGGAUACCGUGUGGAUGACUCACAAGUAGAGGGUCAGGAUAGUUUUUUGAAAAGAAUGUCGGGAAUGAUCCGUCUGUAUGCGGCGAUAAUGCAGCUGAGAUGGCCUUAUACUAACAAACAAGGGCCUCAUCCUCAUGGAUUGAAUCAUGGCUGGCGCUGGCUGGCACAGAUACUCAACAUGGAGCCUCUCGCUGAUGUCACAGCAACAAUUAUCUUCGACUUCCUGGAGGUCUGUGGAAAUGCCCUUAUGAAGCAAUAUCAAGGCCAGUUCUGGAAACUGCUGCUCCUCAUUAAAGAAGAAUACUUUCCAAGAAUUGAAGCAGUCACCAGCUCGGGUCAGAUGGGCUCUGUAACCAGACUGAAGCAGUUUUUAGAGACCUCUCUAAGAACAAAGCAGAUCCCCUCUCCCAAGGGCCAGCUGACCUCUGCCUUCUGGAGGUCCUGAUUGGUGGACAACGGUGUACCUCUGCUGGAUAUCAAGCGAUGAAAUACGACGUUUCAGUUUAAACGGAUUGAAUAUGUUUACAUAAGUGUCAAUGCAUAUAGGGUUAAUUUAAUGAAGCAUCAUGCCACGUUAAGUUCGUUUAUUUUCUUUUAUCAGUGCGUUUGAGAAAACGUUGACUUUCCGGAUCUUAAUUGUAACCACAUUAUCCAUUUCCUGUUACGCCAAAACCAAAAAAGAAGCCUUAUUUUUGGAAUAGGAUGAUUGAAUGUAAUCUCAUGCGCGUGUAUAGGAAUUAAAUGUAUAUUGACGUGGAUAUUUAAGAUUUUUAUGACAUUAAGGAUUAAACAAAAACGCCUACUGGUGCUUUGCAUGUGUUGUUAAAUCAGAAAGUCAAUGGGGCAAAUGUUUGAUCCCGUUUUAGUCGCAUGUUUGCUCUUAUACAAUUAUAAGCGUCACAUUUCUGCCUUUAAACGCUCCAAAAAUUGGCGCCAUUGACUUCCAUUGUAAGUGUCUCACUGGAACACACAUUUGUGCUUUUUUUUUAAAGAAAAUGAACCCGGAAUAUUCCUUUUUUUCUCUCACAAUUCCCACUACUUAGUAGGUCCUCGUGGUGGCACGGUUACUCAAUCCAGGUGGCAGAGGACAAGUCUCAGAUGCCUCCGCUUCUGAGACCGUCAAUCCGUGCAUCUUAUCACGUGAUUCGUUGUGCAUGACACCGCGGAGACUCACAGCAUGUGGAGGCUCAUGCUACUCUCCACGAUCCACACACAACUCACCACACGCCCCAUUGAGAGUGAGAACCACUAAUCACCACCACGAGGAGGUUACCCCAUGUGACUCUACCCUCCCUAGCAACCGGGCCAAUUUGGUUGCUUAGGAGACCCAGCUGGAGUCACUCUGGAUUCUAACUCACGACUCCAGCGGUGAUAGUCAGCGUCAAUAUUCGCUGAGAUACCCAGACCCCUGGAAUAUUCCUCUCCUUCUGUGUUCCACGGAAGAAAUUCAGCAAGCUGCUCUUCAGCUCCCUGUGGUGUGAAUAAAUUAUCCAAAUAUAAUAUGCUGCUGUUAUUGUGUUUGUUGUAACUUGCCGUUGUAAUUAUUCAGAGCUCAUCUUAUACUUAAUAUAUUGUCUUUGUCACCAUUAUUGUGAUUUGUAUGUCAAAUAAUAAGGUCCGCGAGAGUUCAUGCGCGCAUACGAAUAUGUGCUAUGAGUAGUUUCAAAAUAAAAGUC